AAGUUUUUGCCCCCAUCGCCAGUAGAUCCCAGUUACAACGCCGGACCUAAUCCCCUCUCAAGUGUGGGUGUUUUUCCCCUCUCCACUCUCUCCCUCUCCCUCUCUCUCGCCCUACGCGCCUGUGGUAGCGCGCUCGUCCAGCGCCGGGAUCGCCGUGCAAUGGAUCGCGGCGGCCGCUCCAAUGCGAGGCAGGAUCGAUCCAGUUGAGCGGCAUUUCGCGCGUGGAUCGAUCCAGUCCAGGGAAUGUGCAAUGGUAGGGCAAGUCCAGCAGAUCAGCGGCUCCGGGACAGCGGCAUCGGCGUCUCACAACAUCCAUGGCCAUGGCGAUCCACAGCAGCAGCAGGGAUUAGGGUAUGGUGGGGGCGGAGCGGCGGUGGCGGCGGCGAAUGCUGGCAGCGGCGGUAAUGGCACGGGAGAUGCGGUCAUGGCGCGGUGGCUACAGUCGGCGGGGCUCCAGCAUCUGGCAGCGCCGCUGGCGGCGGCGGCGCUAGAUCAUCGCCUCCUCCCAUCUCUGCUCAUGCAGGACUACGCUAGGUAUGGAGUUCAGUCUCUGGAGGAUAAGCAGAAGCUCUUCAGGCUGAUAAAAACCAUUAGCAGUGGCCCAGAUCAUGUCUCAGAACCAUCAACACCACCUCAAUAUGUCCGUUCUGCCAGCCAGAUUGGCAUGGACAGCAUCUUGUCACCGGAACUUAGGGGUGACUUUGGGGCGGGGAUUUUGGAUAUUCAUGCCAUGGAUGACUCGGAGCUUUUAUCUGAGGCUGGAGUUGCUGAACCAUUUGAGCCAUCGCCUUCAUUCGUUCCCGUUAUCGAAAGAGGCUUUGAGGCCGAUCCUGAUAUUGGAGGUGGCUCUAGGCUACCAAGUAGCAGACUCAAGAGUCGAACCGAUGAGAGUCCUCUAAGAUCUACCUCCAAUGAAAAAGACCGAGCAGUGGGAAAGGAUAAUGGACUAGCAAGAAUAAAAGUUGUGGUUCGUAAACGACCUAUCAACAAGAAGGAGCUUGGGAGAAAGGAAGAAGACAUCAUCACCAUUGAAGAUUCUGGAUGUUCAGUGAUGGUUCAUGAACCAAAGCUGAAGGUAGAUUUAACAGCAUACGUUGAAAGGCACGAGUUUGUUUUUGAUGCUGUUCUGGAUGAUCACGUCACCAAUGAUGAGGUAUACCGUGUCACAGUUGAGCCCAUCGUGCCUACAAUCUUCCAGCGUACCAAGGCUACGUGCUUCGCGUACGGUCAAACAGGAAGUGGAAAAACAUACACUAUGCAGCCAUUGCCCCUCCGCGCUUCCAAAGACAUGUUGGACAUUAUUCAGCACCCAGCAAACCGAGGUCAGCAAUUGCAGCUAUGGUUGAGUUUCUUUGAGAUUUACGGGGGAAAGCUCUACGAUUUACUGAAUGAUAGAAGGAAGCUAUGUAUGAGAGAAGACGGCCGUCAGCAAGUGUGUAUUGUGGGCUUGAAGGAGUUCCAGGUCUCAGACGUGCAAAUCGUAAGGGACUAUAUAGACAGGGGUAAUUCAGCUCGAAGCACUGGUUCUACUGGUGCAAAUGAGGAAUCUUCCAGAUCACAUGCUAUCCUUCAGCUUGUGGUAAAGAAGGCUCAAGAUCGAGUUGGUCGGAUCAUUGGAAAAAUGUCUUUCAUUGAUCUCGCAGGCAGUGAACGUGGUGCUGAUACCACUGAUAACGACCGUCAAACAAGGAUGGAAGGAGCUGAAAUCAAUAAAAGCUUGCUUGCUCUGAAGGAGUGUAUUCGCGCACUUGAUAAUGAUCAAGGACACAUCCCCUUCCGGGGUAGCAAGUUGACUGAAGUGCUGCGGGAUUCGUUCGUUGGAGAUUCGCGAACAGUGAUGAUAUCAUGCAUUUCUCCAAAUACUGGCUCUUGCGAGCAUACGCUCAACACUCUGAGAUAUGCUGACAGGGUAAAGGGGCUGUCGAAAAACAGUAAUGCUAAAAGAGACCCAGUUGCUACGCGGGAAAUAACAUCCUCUCCUCCUCUGUCAUCACCCUUGCAGUCGCUCCCUCAGCUAUCGGAAGACUCCAGAAGCUUAGAAAACGGGAAGCGCUCUCUCGAACAAUUCGGAUGGCCAAAUGAACCAGAGAUGACCUCUGCAUUCUCUGGAGAUUCGUCAAAUAAUGGAGCUAGAGAUGAUGGACGAUUGCUCUCAGCGUCCAGCGAAAGAGAGCGGCAGAGCUUCAGGGACACAAACGGCCAGUAUGAUUAUCCUGGAGCGACAGACAACGACCAGGACCGGCCUCAAAUUGUUCUUCCGUCACGCAGAAGAACGGUCCGGGACGAAAAGGUGGACAGAUACCCAAGUUUCAGUUCCAAGGACGAACCGAGUGACUUGCAAUACGGAAAUCCCAAGCGGGCAAACUACAAGGACGAGGUGGCCCCAGCUCCUCUGGCUGCGAGGGGAAAAGAGUUACGUGACACGGAUAUGGUGCAGAUGGGCUACGAUGGACAGAUAAAUGCCAUCCUUGAGGAGGAAGAAGAAGUCAUCUCCGCUCACCGCAAGGAAGUGGAGGACACUAUGGAGAUUGUUCGAGAGGAGAUGAGACUCUUGGCGGAAGUUGAUCAGCCCGGGAGUAGAAUAGAUCGUUACGUAUCCCAGCUCAAUUACCUCCUGUCACGCAAGGCGGCAGGCAUCGUGAACCUCCAGGCCCGGCUCGCGAGAUUCCAGCGCCAUCUAAAGGAGCAGGAGAUCCUCAGUCGUACCGGCGCGCUUCGAUGAGCGGAAAACUCUCUGCCUCUAUACGGGCGGAAGUUUUCAGCUUGAAAACACGAGCACAGGCGAUUGUUCCAGUCGAGAGGCAGGCGGUUUAUGUGCGGCUGGUCCGGUAAUUUGUUUGUGAUACCAUCCAUUUAUAUGAGACACCGUUUGCAAUUGAUAAUGUUGCGAAAGAGAGCCUCUUUCCUCGAUCGAAUCAUUCAGUGAUCACAAAGAGAGAUUAGAUUACUAAAAGCUUUCCGGCGUGAUUAGCUUAUCACCUUUAUCACUGAUAAGUUAAUGAAAAGUCAAUAUAGUCAA